AUGCUGCGGUUCAUCUCGAUUUUUCUCAGUGCCAUCGUCUUUUCUGAAGCUUUAAAGUACCCGAAUGAGGUCGUCGACACGCCGAACGUCAUCUGCGAGACCGACUCGAUGAUUAUCAGGGUUUGGAGUUUGAUAUUUUUUUUUAAAUGUAAAACUUGGCUUUUUGUAUUGCUUGAGGUUGCAAAAAACAGCCAAAAGUUGAUAGAACCUAUAUGAAUCAUUGAUAUUUUUUUUCAAAAUUUUAAAAGGCCUUUCUGAAAACAGCUGAAAAAUGGUGAGCUUAUGCGCUCCAUCGAUAAUUUUUUUGUUAUAAUUUAAAUCGGGCUAAAAAUCGUAAGCUAAUGUGCUCCAUUGAUAAUUUUUUUUUUCACAAUUCAAAACGGGCUAAAAAUCGUAAGCUAAUGCGCUCCAUUGAUAAUUUUGCUCCGUGAAGUUUCGAGGGUUUUUUGUUUCAUAAAAAAAAUCCAAGAAAAAACAGCCGUUUAAAGCCAAAGCAUUUGCGCUCCAAUGAUAAAAACGAUUUUUUCAAGCUUGAGCUUCUCGGUUUGAUCUUUUUCUAUUUUCGAUCGAACAGCCAAAAAAAAAAAUGGAACUUUUAAGCUCUACUGAUAAUCUAAAAUUUUGCUUUUUGAGCCGUUUCUUCAAGUUUCAAACUGUAGAUAAAAUAGCCGAAAGACUCUCGAGCAUGUUUGCUCCAAUGAUAAAGCAGUUUUUUUUUCUCAAAUUUGACAAGAUCAGUCUCUUCAAUGAAAAAGAAACUUCUCAAAUUGCAAGCUUCUUAAGGCAUUUAUACUCAAGAAAAAACAGCCAUAAUUUUCCGAUCAUAUUCGCUCCACUGACAACCACCUUCCAGAUCAAAACGACCUCCUCGAACCCGUCGAAAAUCUACGCCGACGACUACGAGAACGACAAGGAAUGCUACACACGGAACAGCAACCGGCUGACGGUGCCGCAUGGGAAAUGCGGCAUGAAAGUGGAGACUACGGUAGGGAGACGCGUCGCGACCGCAACGCACGGCUUUUUUCUAGCAAAAUCCGUCGGGCUCUGUCCAAAGGGUCUGCAUAACCGUCCAGCUUCAUCCGCUUUUCGUGACCGAAGCUGACAGGAGCUACUGCGCCCAGUGUAUUUACGUCGAGUCGAGGAUUCUCGACGACAUUCACUCGAGUUUGGAGAUCAGGUCAGCUCGAAAAUAGAAGCUUCUUCGCUCCACCGACAAAUUAUUUCAGCGACGCUCCGCCCACCGAGAUCGCGGCUCAGUUCGACGAGAGCCAAAUGCCCAAGUGUAGCUAUUCCUUGAGGAAAGAGUCCGAAUCAGGCGCCGAGGUACGGUACGCCUCGGUUGGGGAUACUGUAUUCCACGUCUGGGCUUGUGAUGGCGGUAAGGAGCACUGUAGCUUUAAUCCCACGGUGAUUUUUUCAGAGCACAAUGGAAUUCUAGUGCAGAACUGCCAUGUCGAGGACGGCCAGGGCAAUAAGAUCAUGAUCAUUGAUCAGAACGGGUGAGCCGCAGUUAGAAUGUCUAUUGACUUGUAGCCGUGAAAAGCACAAGUCGUUUCGAAGUCGGUUGCAAAUAUCACUACCCAAAUCCGUCCAGACCCAUGUAUCUAUGUGAACAAUGGUCGCAUUUGGAAAGACCAAAUCUUUGUUUAUCUUGUAUUUGAAGUGUAGCCCUAAGAAACGCGCGCAAGUCGUUUCAAAGUCGGGUGCAAAGAUCAAUCCUUAAUUCCAUCAAAAUUAAUGAAUCCAUGUGAAAAAUGGUCGCAUUUGGAAUGACCAAAUCGUUGUUUGUCUUGUGUAGCCGAUCCUAGUAGCACUAAGGGAAGCGCGCAAGUCGUUUCAAAGUCGGGCGCACUUUUGAACGAGCGAUUCACUCAACAAGACCCACUUACAGAUGCGGAAUCGACCACUACGUGAUGCCGACGCCGAUGUACAGCGCCGACCAAUCAAAGGCGUUCCAGGAGACGCACGUCUUCAAGUUCGCCCAGAGGACCAUCACUAGAUUCAUUUGCCAGAUUCGGAUCUGUCUCAAGGGCGACGACUGUAAGGUCAUGUCGGUGAGGUAUUCCCGAAUUAUUGCAGUUUAUUCUGGAAGUUUCAGCCACCAAAAUCGUGUCCAUCUUUGGAAGAACGAUUGGAAGAGGUGCAGAAGAAAGAGACGGAAGAGAGGUUUUUUUGAAACUGACUGUUUUUCCAAACUCCAUUCACCACUAGCUUAGGAAAAAAGUCAUUAAAUCUCUUCUUUUUGCACACUAUCUCGCUAGAAGCAUCUCAUUCUGAAACCAGCAAGCCUGUUGACCUUCUAGAAAAUAGAGACGCCAAGUUUUCGCAUACUUCUUUCACUAGCUCCUCUUCUCUGAAGCAAACUGAAUAUUUCUUUUUCCUAGCGCCGACGCCGUCUUCGCCUCAAACGACCAGCUAUUCCGGGAGGCUCAAAUGCCAAGUAGCCGCCCCACAAAUCGCGCCGCCGACGAUCCAGUCAGUGCAGAGAUCACUCCAGCUAAAGGGAGCAUCUACUACGGAGUCGGGUUAGUUUUAGGGCUCAUCAGGAGAUGGUCUAAGCUCACUUAGUUCUUUAGACGUACCAAAUCCGGUCUCAAAAACUGCCUUCGAGGCCUGUGAAAAAAGUUAGGGGCUCUCAAAAGUCACGAAAACUUGUGUGGUUCAGAUUAAUCUGAUUCUUGAUGGGUAUAUAGAAAAAAGCAUGUAGCACAACAGGGUCAACUCAAAAAACUAGGUUUGAACCAAAAAAACUUGAGAUUUUGAAGUCUUGUUUGAAAAAACCUUUAGCUUCUACAUGGAACAUUUUUGGGAUUCUCCUGAAAGUUGGUCAGAAUACUCCUUGAGGUACCAAAAAAAGAUCCUGAAAGCCUCAAUCUGCAAAACUUUUCGAGGAAAUACACUUCAAGGUCAAGAAAAACCAAAGUCCAUUAAAAUGAACUAUUUUGGGGUUUCCUGGAAAACUAGGAAUUUUUGCAAGUUUAGACUUUCAUAAUCUUCUUCUGGUACAUCAAGGAGUUCUAACCAAUUUUCAGGAAAUUCCCAAACAUAACGACCUUGUUAAAGACUUCUGAAUGAGAUCACUAGAUGUAGUUUUUCCCGCUGAUUCCAAAUCCGGUCUCAAGAUGUCUGCUCAGACCUUGGUAACGCGAACGGGACGCGAAUCGGACGUGUCGGGACAUUUCUAGUGACCACUUUAGUAGCCUCAGAACUCUUAAGGGAUCUCUAGAAUCGCGCAGAAACGUCCGGAGCACGUCCGUUUCGCGUUACCAAUGUCCGAGUGUGAAGAAAUUUGGGGACUCUAAAAAGUCUUUUUCUCAGAUAAAGCUCAUUUUGGUCAACUAGAAAAAACUAGAUGUGAACCAAAAAUGUCUAGCUCCUACAUGACACAAAUCACAGCUGUUCCCUUAUUUUCUCAUUUUUCAGGUUCAACCCAAAGCGACAACGACGCGAAGUCCUGAUCGACAAUAAGACCUCCGAGAGACGAGACCGGAUCAAGAUGCGAAACGGGCAUCCAGAAAUGCAGAUGAUCGGCGAACUGCGCGUCUUCGAGAGCCCGCAGGACGUCGAGUACUUUGGUGAUUAUUUCCCGACGUCUUCUGGGAAGCCCAUUUCAAGGAUUCAGAAUCGCGAACGGCGCCGUCAAGCUGCGACACGUCGCAUCUGGCCUUCACUUUGCUGGUCACAGCCCUGAUAGUCGCUUCGAUUCUUCUGAUCACCAUGAUCCUUCUUAUCACUUCUCGAAUCAACUCAAGGAAGAAUAACGCCCUUCAUUUGGCGCGUUAA